AUGAACGCUCAGCCUGAUGCAGAGAUAAACAGUGACAGCAUGCCCAUGAUGCUGCUGGGCAGUGAUGACAGUGAUGAAGAAAGCAGUAAAGAGGAGCCAGCUAUCACAAUCUGGAACGAGCUGUCCAUCAUAGAGCGCGUGGGCCUCAACAGUGUGGAUAUGUCAGAGAAAGAUUUGGAGACGGCCUUCUCUCAUAUCGCCAUGGCCUUCAGCUGCGAUCAGUACACCCUGAAGCAGAGGCUGCAGGCGGAGGAGCACGCCCGCAACCUGGCUGAGGAGAACAUCCAUCUGGAGCUGACCCGGGGCCGGGAGACUGUGGAGACGCUGAAGGGCCUGUGUCUGGACAGUAAGCGCAGUAAGAUCCUGCAGAGGCUGGAGCUGUCUCUGGAUAUCCUCGGUGGGACAGUGGAGCGCAUCUCCAACACAGCAGAGGUGCUCGGAGCGGUGCACCAGGAGGCCCGAGUGAGCCGAGCAGUGGAGCUCAUGGUGGCUCAUGUGGAGAAUGUCAGGAGACGCCAUGACAGAACAGUGUUGGAGCUGGAGGAGACCAGGAGCUCCGUCCAGCCGCAGACCCCCUGCAGGAACCUCAAGGACCCCAGAGCAUCGCCAGGUCCCCCAUAUUCUGAUAAGAUAAAACGAGACGUGAGGGAACGAGCCACCAGGUCCUUCAGCAGGGACUCCUUCCUCCUCAGCUCACUUCCCCGCCUGAGCCUCGAGUCCGGCUGCCCCCCCAUCCCCAGCGGUGACGCAUACUCCGUGGAUGACAGGCCCCUGGAUCCAGAUGAAACUGCUUCAGAGGCUCCAGCUGCUGAGCUCCCUCCACCUCCUAACCCCAGCCCAGAGCUCCUCCCAUCAAAACAACUGGCCCCCAGAAAGACAAACAACAAAAAUUCCCCUCUGGGCACCUUACGACAGCGACACAAGGGCAAAGCUGCGUUAUCGAAGAAAAAGGCCGACAAGGAUAAAAAGAAGACUAAUGUUUGCCGACAGCUUUCCAUCAGCACGUGUUCGUCUGUGUGGAAGAAACAUCCUCUGGCUCUCUGGCUGUACCGCUGCCGCUGGGCGCUCUGCUGCAUGUACCUGUUCGUGCUCCUCAGUGUCGUUACACUCACUUACAUAUUGUGGAAGAAUCUUGAUGAAGCACCACAGCCAUGAAUAUCAUAAUGAGGACGCUGUGUAACUGU